AUUACAAUAUGUCUAAAACAUUUGUUAUUAUUUUAAGAGAGUUUUGUGUUUGAUUAAUUUGAAGUAAAAAAAUUGUUUUGUUUUAUUUUAUUUUUGACUACAGAAUUUUUAAAGGUUAUUAUGAAUCAAUAAAAAGUAAAUAACAAGCGAUGGCUUUGCUGUUUGACGAUAUAGAUGCGUCUCAUAUGUUGGACGAUAUAGAGGAAAGUAUCGAAGAAGACUUCGAAGCCGAAAAUAAGCCAGAGAAUGCUUACAUAUCUACUAUGUUCAGAUGUCAAUCUACGGAAGCCACACACCUUUGCAUUAUGGAUGCGGACCUUAAACUUAGCAAUGAAAAUAACUAUGACAUAGGGGGUGCAUACAGAAAAGAUAAGCCAGAAUUUUGGUUUUACUACACCACAACUAUGUGUCCUAAACAUGUUUACUUGUUGAAUUUGUUUGUGUGUCAUAGACAAAGCGGGACUUUUGCCCUCGGAGUACCAAACUCAAGUGAAAUGUCGCACAAUAAACAAAGCCAAUACAAAGAGACAACUCUUCAAAAUAAUAUGUCCUGGUAUUAUUACAAGAGUACAUUGAAAGAUGAAAAAUUUUACAUCAAAACUUAUGCUUUCACUCUCCAAGACUUAAAAAACUUAAGAAAUAGUACAUUGCUCAUUCCUUUGUGUAUCAAGAUUGAUCAAAGCAUAGCACUAAAUGAGCAAAUUGAGAGAUCAAUCAGAUUUGACUUUGAUAUAGUAACUUCAAUUUCAAAGCAAGAAAAACCUGAUUAUGUUCUAAUAUCUAAAAGUGGUAAGGAAUAUCCAGUUCACAAAUUAAUAUUAACUGCCCAGAGCCCAGUAAUCGGAGCAAAAGCACGAGAUUCUAAAUCAAAUUGUAUCAAUUUGGAUACUGACAAUGAGGAAAUUGAAAUUUUACUUGAAUUUAUAUACACUGGAACCCUUAAAGAGCUAAAAGGUUUUUCAAUGGCAGAAUUAGGUCAGAAAUUACUGGAAAUAUAUGAUAAAUAUCAAAUAAAGUCUCUGGACACACUGAUUCAAUUACUUCUAGUAAGAGUUAUAGAUGUAAACAACGCAGUGGAUAUGGUCAAGAUAGCCAUGAAUCACAAUUUGAUGGACCUGAAGCAAACUGUUUUCAAAUUUAUUAAGAAUAAUCCACAAGUAUUGAAGACUAAAAGUUGGAAAGAAUUAAACAAUGCAGAAGUGGUUAAAGCUCUCUAUCAAUUUUCCAACACAUAGUACCAACACUGUUAAAGAAUAGGAUAAAAUUACUUCAUAAAUAUUAGAUUGCAAACAAGUCAAAUUCUACAGAUUAUUGAAAAUUUAAACUAUUUUUAUACUAUAAUCCAUGCUUCUUGAACUAAUGUGUUUCAGUCUGUGGUGGAAUCACUUUAUUUGUGAAUAUGAACACCCAAGUUAUACAAACUGCCAGACCUCAAGAUAUUGCUAGUUCUUUACGUGUGUAAAUAUUUUUAAAUAAAAUAGCACAGUGAAAUCAAAACAUAGACAUUCAUGUCCAUAAUAACUGUAUUUGAAACUUGAAUCAUGAAUACUAAAGAAAAUGCCAAGCUUAUAGUACAAAGAAUUAUGUUAAUAUAAUAAUAUGUAUUAUAAAUACUUAAUCUAGCAUUAGGAAUUAGGAUUGAAACCCCUAAAUUCAAUCUCAGUUCCUAUCCAUUAAAGCAUAUGUUUUAGGAAUCAGAUAUUUGGAAAAUAAUAAUUCAUUCCUGAGCCAUAUGCGGUGUAUCAGGGUACACAAAAAUUCUGUAGUAAAUUAUUACAUUGAACAUGCUAAUUCUUAUUUUUGUAUUGUACAUGCUAGGGAGAUUAUAAAGCGACGAAAAGUACUAUUGAGUCAGUAUUGGCAACUCAUUCUAUUGUUUUUCUAACAUACUUUAAUUUAAUAUUUUAUAGACUAUAUAAUUGUUAAUACAUAAAUAAAUUAUACAUAACUAUAACA